AUGGCGACGACGAGCGCGGCGCGCGCGCGCGUGGGCGUCGACGGGCGCGCGCGACGGGUGCGCGUCCGCGCGCGUGGGGGAUUCGCGGCGUCGGCGCGCGCGUGGGGGAGAACAUCGAUGGAUGGAUGGCGCGGACGCCGCGAACGGGGACGGGCGACGUCGGCGACGGUCGAGCCCGGCGAUCGCGUCGUCGUCUUCGGGGCCUCGGGUGGGGUGGGACAGAUCGUCGUGGCGAUGCUCGAGGGGGCGGGGUACGACGCGGUGGGGAUAUCGAGGCGGCGUUCUGCGGGGACGCCGCGCGGGGGGGAGAGGACGCGCGGGACGGAUUGUCGAGAUUACGCGGCGGUUUCGAACGCGUUGGAUGAACGCGUGCGAGGGGUGGUGUGUUGUCUCGGUACGACGGCGUUUCCGAGCGCGCGGUGGAGAGACGCGGAUGGAAAGUUUACGAAUGGUCCCGAGGCGACGGAUUACGUGAGCGUCUCGAACGUCGUCGAGGCGGCGAAAGAAAAGUGUCCGAAUCUCAAGCGAUUCGUCUUGGUGUCCAGCGUUGGGGUUUUGAGGACGAAUGUGAUGCCGUUCAUCAUUUUGAACGCGUUCGGUGUGCUCAAAUGGAAGAGAGAGGGAGAGAAGACGCUCGAGGCGUCCGGCUUGCCGUACACCAUUCUGCGUCCGGGUCGACUCACCGACGGUCCGUACACGUCGUACGACCUCAAUACCCUGCUCAAGGCGACGAGUGGGACGAAGCGAAACGUGCAGAUUGGAACUGGGGACGUGUUACUUCCCGAGGCGACGUCGAGGAUCGUCGUCGCCCAAGCCGCGCGCGCCGCGCUCGAGUCGGACGCCGCGCUCGGACGCGCGUUCGAGCUCGGCUCCACCGAGGGUGAAGGCCCGGGUUCGGACCUCGAUAAGUGGACCGCGCUCUUCGAAUCCGCGUCUUAA